UCAUAAUAGUAUCCGAACAUAAUUUUUCUGCUUACUUUUUUUUUCUUUUAUUUAAUAUGGCGGAAGCAUUGACCGCCGACGGGACGUCUGAUUUUUUCAUUAUUCAGUUACGAAUCACUUUAUCGCAAUAAUUUCGCGUGUAUGUGAUACAAAAGUGAACAUUAGAAGCUUAUGUGUUAUUUUUCAACAAAUAAUUAUUUGAAAAGUGCGCUGAAAAAGCUGGUUCUUCUAUAAAAAUGUCUAAACGGGCAGCAUAUGGGGAUGAUGAAGACAAUCCACCCACACCGUCUGAUGACUCGGACUUUGAUGAUGAUGAAGACCCAGAUAACUUGGAAGUCCCAGGUGGCGGCAAAACACUGGCAGCCGCAGCUCAGCUGGGGAACAAACCCAAAGCCACAGCGGCACCGAUGCCGGUCACAGUCAGAGCUACUACAAAUCCGUUAGCUGCCGCGUCAGGAGUAGCGUUUGGUCAGGUGGCCAACCAGGUAAAGCCGAUCAAGAUAUCGGCCAGUUCCUUGUCCAAGCCCAUCAACCUCGGCACCUUGCCUCGCGGCGGUGCUGCCGCGCCGUCGCCCUUCGCGGCGGGCUCCUCGGCCGCGUACAGCGCCGCCUCGCUGCUCGCGCAGAUGGAAAUGGCGGGCAUACCGGGGAUGAACUCGUACUUGCUUCAGAACCUGAAUCAGAUAUUGGCGUCGGGAAUGGGUGGGCCUUUGGCAGGCAUGCUAGGACAGUUUGCACAGCUCGCCACACCAAAUUGGGGGCCUAAAGCUGGCCUCUUUCCGCAAGACAAGAUGCACGGCGACGAAGAGGAGGUGGAUGAUGAAGAAAUGGGCGUGGCAGAGACGUACGCCGACUACAUGCCUACUAAACUGAAACUGGGCCGCAAGCACCCCGACCCGGUCGUAGAGACGGCCUCCCUCUCCUCCGUGGAGCCCAUCGACGUGCACUACAGCCUCAGCUUACCCGACGAGACGAUACGGAACGGGUUGCUAUCCGCGCUGCAGUUGGAGGCUGUGGUGUACGCGGCGCAAGCGCACGAACACACGCUGCCGGACGGCACGAGGGCCGGUUUCCUUAUAGGUGACGGCGCUGGUGUGGGCAAAGGUCGAACGAUCGCCGGCAUAAUCUUCGAGAACUACCUGAAGGGGCGCAAGCGCGCCAUCUGGGUGUCCGUCUCCAACGACCUCAAGUACGACGCGGAGAGGGACCUCAGGGACAUCGGGGCGGGGAAGCUCGAAGUUCACCCACUCAAUAAGUUGAAAUACGCAAAGAUCUCGUCGGCGGUGAACGGCAACGUGAAAAAGGGCGUGGUGUUCUGCACGUAUUCGGCGCUGAUCGGCGAGACGCAGUCCAACACGACCAAGUACAGGACGAGGCUGAAGCAGCUGCUGCAGUGGUGCGGGGAGGACUUCGACGGAUGCAUCGUAUUCGACGAAUGCCACAAAGCGAAGAACCUCUGCCCCGUCGGCUCGGGCAAGGCCACAAAGACCGGCCUUACCGCCCUAGAGCUACAAAACAAACUCCCCAAGGCCCGCGUUGUAUACGCUUCGGCCACGGGAGCGUCUGAACCUAGGAACAUGGCGUACAUGGUGCGGCUUGGGAUAUGGGGGGAGGGAACACCCUUCCCUACGUUUAUGGACUUUAUCAACGCAGUAGAAAAGAGGGGUGUCGGCGCCAUGGAAAUAGUAGCCAUGGACAUGAAGCUCCGGGGCAUGUACAUCGCCCGGCAGCUCUCGUUCCACGGCGUCUCGUUCAAGAUAGAAGAGGUACCGCUGUCCGACGCCUUCCGGGAGACUUACGACAAGUCUGUCGCGCUGUGGGUGGAAGCCAUGCAGCGGUUCACGGAGGCAGCAGAGCUCAUCGACGCAGAAGCUCGCAUGAAGAAGACGAUGUGGGGACAGUUCUGGUCGGCGCAUCAGAGGUUCUUCAAGUACCUGUGUAUCGCCGCCAAGGUGCAUCACGCAGUGGUAACAGCGCGAGAGGCCGUCAAGUGCGGCAAGUGCGUCGUGAUCGGCUUGCAGAGCACGGGCGAGGCUCGAACCCUGGACCAGCUGGAGAGGGACGACGGAGAGCUCAGCGACUUCGUCUCCACCGCCAAGGGCGUGUUCCAAUCCCUGGUCGAAAAGCACUUCCCCGCCCCGGACCGCGAGCGCAUCAACCGGCUUUUAGGCCUCGAGGGGCCUAAAAAGGCUCUUCCAGCGCCCACACCCAAUGGACGCACCGCUACCCCUACUGUCACUGCAUUAACGGGAGAGUCCAGUAAGAGGAAAUUAACGUCACGACAACAAGCCAACAUAGCGGCCAAGCGUGCUCGCGGCGGUUCCUCUUCCGACGAAUUCAUCCGUGGAUCCGACGACGAGGCAGAAGCGGAUUCGGGUGACGAGCGCAGGCGGUCCGACUCCGAGAGCGACUCUAACCCGUUCCGCGCCGGAUCCGGCACGGACUCGGACACUGAGCCCUGGAUGAGAAAGAAGAAACCCCUCAAGAAGAAGAAAGCGGCGUCGCCCAAGAAGAAACCGUCCACCACACAGGACAAGAUCGAGAACAUGUUCACCAGGAAGACCACCGCGCCGACCGUCACCGUCGCGGCGCCGGGCGGGAUGCUGACGGGAACGCCCGUCGGGACCAACGGACUUUAUCUAGGUCCAGCACGCAACAACCAGCCGCCGCCACGCUCGGCCAUCGAGCGCGCGUGCAGCAUGAAGGAGGAGCUCCUCGCCGCCAUCGAGCGCCUCGCGCGCCGCCUGCCGCCCAACACGCUCGACCAGCUGGUCGACGAGCUGGGCGGCACCGAGAACGUGGCCGAGAUGACAGGCCGCAAAGGGCGCGUAGUGCAAACGGAGGACGGUCAGAUCCUCUACGAGAGCAGAUCCGAAGCCGACGUGCCCCUAGAAACGCUCAAUCUAACGGAGAAGCAGCGAUUCAUGGACGGCGAGAAGGAUGUCGCCAUCAUUUCUGAGGCGGCGUCGAGUGGUAUCUCACUACAGAGUGACAGGAGGGCGCGAAACCAAAGGAGGCGCGUACACAUCACUCUGGAGCUACCGUGGUCCGCCGACAGAGCUAUACAGCAGUUCGGUCGCACACAUCGAUCUAACCAAGUGAACGCCCCGGAGUACAUCUUUCUAAUCUCUGACCUGGCUGGCGAGCGGCGCUUCGCCUCCACCGUCGCCAAGCGGCUCGAGUCCCUCGGAGCCCUAACACACGGAGACAGGAGGGCCACCGAGACCAGGGACCUUAGCCAGUUCAACAUCGACAACAAAUACGGCCGGACGGCGCUUGAAGCUGUAAUGAAGGCUAUCAUGAAGUACGAAACGCCGCUAGUGCCCCCGCCGAGGGAUUACAAUGGAGAUUUCUUCCAGGAUAUCGCCAGCGCGCUAGUCGGAGUAGGGCUAAUAACCAACAGCGAGUCGGCGCCCGGAGUGCUCACGCUUGACAAGGACUACAACAACAUGUCGAAGUUUCUCAACAGGAUACUGGGCAUGCCGGUGGAACUGCAGAACAGGCUCUUCAAGUACUUCACGGACACGCUCAACGCUGUCAUGGAGCAAGCCAAACGCAGCGGGCGGUUCGACCUCGGCAUCUUGGACCUGGGAAGCGCCGGCGAGUGCGUGCGCCGCGUGCGCUGCGUGCGCUUCCUGCGCCGGCACGCGACCGGCACAGCACCCGUCGAACUACACACCGUGCAUUCUGAGCGCGGCAUGGACUGGACGGAGGCGCUAGAAAAGCACUCGCAACACGACGGGCCCAAAGAAGGCUUUUAUCUAUCAGUGGCGCAACGCAACGGCAAAUACACCGCCGUGUUAUGUAUCGCAGUAGGCAACCAGCACGCGCGAACACAGACCAAGCUCAGUAAGAAGGAGCAGAUGUAUCAGAUAUACAGGCCUAACACCGGUCUCCAGCUUCGCCUAGAAUCCCUCGCGGAAAUCGAAAAGAAAUACAAGCGGGUCGCGGCCGAGGACGCCGAGACGUCGUGGCGAGCUCAGCACGCGGCCUCGCUGCGGGUGUGCAGCCACGCCUACUGGCGCGCCUCCUGCAGGAACGCGGCCAGCUGCGAGGUGGGACUGCGGCGGCGCACGUACCACGUGCUGUCGGGCUCCGUGCUGGCGGUGUGGGCGCGCGUGGAGGCCGUGCUGGCGCAGCGCUCGCAGCUCAACAAGAUGCAGGUCGUGCGCAUCAAGACCGACCAGGGGCUCAAGAUUGUCGGCACGGUGAUCCCAAAGAACUGCGUGGACCCGCUGAAAGAGACGCUCUCGUCGGACGCCGUCAACGUGUCGGAGCAGUCGUUCGAGCAGACCGACCUCAAGUGAGGACG